AGAAGAAGAAGAAGAAGACAGCCUCCAUUUGUCGUCAGCUCGUUGAAGUCAUCGACGACCUGAACAGCGAUCCUGAGCCUGAAGAACAAGCAAGAGAAGAUACUGACUUACAAACAUGUGGGAUGGACCAGGGCCAGGGCAAGGACCACGGGGAGGACCGCCCUUUCGUGGUGAUCAUCAUGGAGAGAGGUUUGGCGGCAGAGAUCGUCCCAUGCCUGAUUUUAGAGGUAGAGAUGGGAUGAACAUGGGUCCCAUGGGUCAUAUGGGCCCAAGACCUCUAGAUAUGCCACCUAUGGACAUGAGAAGGAUGGACGGGCCACCCAUGAGGGGGCGUGAUAUGGACCAGCGUGAUAUGAGAGACAGAGAGCCAAACAGAGAUUUUGGCCGACCUGGAGAAGAGCCGGACUUUAGUCUAAGAAGGCACUAUGAAGUUAGCAUCAGAGACAAACUGAUUAAUUCUUCUGGCUUCCCGGGACCAGGCAGGAACUCAGUAGACAUGGGAGGGAGGGGUAUGCCACCACGGGAGCCCAACAGCAGGUUUAUGGACAUAAGAGACAGAGAGUCAUUUGACGCGCCACCUUUCAACAAUCCCAAUAUUGAUGGAAGAAGAGGGUUUCCAAUGGACCGGAUGGAGCGAAAUGAAGGAUUUAGGGACAUGCGUGAUAGGCCCCCAGUGGGCAUUGAUGACUGUGAUGGAUAUAGUAUGGACUUACCUCCACGUGAAAGGAGAGUGAUGGACAUCGACCGAAGAGGAGGACCACCUUUCAAUCCGAGAGGUAGAUUCGAUUCUGAUAUGGAUUUCAGAAAUCGUCCAUCGGCUGAAUUUCGAGGUAGGGAUCGAUCUCCCUUACGAUUUGGAAACAGUGAUGUCCCACCAGCGGACCGAGCAAGAUCAAACAUGCCCUCGGAUGUUGCUGGCCCUCAAAGAUCAGAGUUUAUGGGUGCAGAAAACAUAACCAGAGAGAGAGAUUAUCCAGAUUCUAGUGGCAGCCCCCUUAUGGAUUAUAGAUGCGGUGAAGAGAUGACUCUUGCAGAGGAAUGGAAGAACCGUCGAAAGGACAAGACUCCUCUCUUAGAAGUUGGUAAAGGUAUGGGAGAUGUACCAAAACCCAACUUCCCUCUAGGUUUUGGCCGAGAUGUGAAUGUCAGAGUUCCUCCACCAUUUCAGGAAAGGGAUAGGCCACCUGUCAAAUUCCCGGGGAAAGAUGUCGGCUUUCCUCAUAGUGACCACUUUCCUGCUAUGAAUCUACCAUCAAUUGCCAACAAAGCUCCACAAGACCAUCCGCGCCAGGAAAUAAGUCUUCUUCCCGGCCCUCUUGGGAGAGAAAAUGUGAGCGAACCUUGGCUUGGAGAAAGGAACCCGAAGCCUAUUCAGAAUAAAUCACAUUGUGACGAAAGGCUCCUUUACCAUCAAGAGAAGAAUCAGCCCUCACACUUGAUCCAGAAGCCAAAUGAUUGUUUCGAAGGGCUGAAAAAUAUCCCACAUAAUCAAGGACCUGCCAGGGGUAAGAUGGGCACGGAACGUGAUUUCCAAAGCAGCAGCACUGUACAGACGAGAGACCAAGACUACAGGGACAUUGAUUACAGAACGGGGCCAGGGAGGGCUUUUGAUUACAAGCACCAGCCGCUUCAAGCACCAGAGAAACUCAUCAAAGAGUCUAAACCAAUUCCACCGUCAAAAUUUAGCGAGUCUGGUUCUCAGGAUCAAGAUUACAGGAAUGCAUCUGUGGCGGACAAAGUUUCCAAUACAAUAUCCAUAAUCGGUAUUCCAAAGACUGCCACAAUGGAGCAGAUUCUUGGGGCCUUUGCAGUCCGUGAUGGUGUGCCAAUGCAGGGGAUGAAAAUCAAGAAUGUGAUGCCAGGUUACAGCUACGAUACGGCCUAUGUGGAGUUUUUAAACCUCGAGGAUGCAGUCCACUUCAUGGAGUCCAACAAGGGAUCCCUAAAGGUUGGCACUAGAACAACAUCCAUGAAGUACAUACAGCCAGAGGACCGGGAAAGAAGUGUUCAUGAAUCAGAUCACAAAGUACCUCAACUCCAGGAUCCCCAGUUGCCCAGACCAGAUGAGCCUUUAGAAAAGUUGAAGACCAACCUGGAUGAGUCCAAACCCAAAGGCCCUACGGAGCCAUUGUCCCACGGCCAGUGGCAGCGUAGCUCCGACCUGACUCCUGAGGCCUGGCAGCAGCAGGUGGACCAACAGCUCCAACAGCAGGAAACCGAUCAUCAGGCAGAGUCAUGGGGCAACCGCAACCUUCCUCAUCACGGUUCACACCAAUCUGACUCCAUCUUUAAAGACAGCAAAACCAUGAUAAUAAAAAAUGUGAAGCCCACCACCACAGUAGAGACAAUCCUGAAGGCCUUGGAUCCCUUUGCGUAUCUGGAUGAAAGAAACGUUCGCCUAGUUAAGGCCAAGCCACCAGGAGCCAAGUGUUUCUGCUUUGUUGACAUGGACUCCCAUGAGCAAGUGACACGUCUGGUCGAGCUCCUCACUAAACCCAGACCCCUUUAUGUUGAUGGAGUCAGAGUUUAUGCGGAGGUGGCAAAACCAUUGAAGAACCAAAAUUUCAGAAGAGACUUUGAUAAAACAAACAGUUCCAUCCUUGGGUAUCCGCCUGAGCCCAUCAUGAUGGGGCAGCAGCAACAUCAGCAGCAUCAGCAACAGCCACCGCAGUUCCCACUACCUCCACAGCACUUGCUACCUCUGCAGCCACCUGCUGGUGCCUCCGCUGGAAUGCAAGGUGAUUUCACGCUUGGCAGCACUAAUCCUGCUUUGUCAUCAGACCCCAUUAUUGGACAGGGAGUUGGCUAUGGUGAGACUCCAGCGGUGGAUCCAUCUUACCAGGCUGGUGGACCCCAUGUGCCCACAGAAUCAGCUGGGAUGACGGUCCCUGCAGAUGGAUCACAGCCCUACAUCUAUGGCUCUGAGAUUCCAGACAUGACCAACUACUUGUACGAUUCCACGUCAGGCUUCUACUACGAUCCUGAGACUACACUUUACUACGACCCUACCUCUAGGUAUUUCUACAAUGCUCAAACACAAGAGUACAUGUACUGGGAUGCUGCGUCAAAGACUUACAUCCCAGUUCCAGGAGGCAACCCUACACCGAGCCAACCAAUAAUCAUGACUGCUGAAGAUCAGGCCAUUCUUUCCAACCCAGCAGCAGAUGCUCCUCUGGAAAUGAAGAAAGCAUUGGAUCCUCCAACCACCGAGGAAGCUCUAGCACUUCUUCCCACUUCUGAUGGCGGCUCUGCUCUGGAGCCUGUCCCAACUUCCUCAUCAGCAGCUUCUGAAAGGAAAGACGACGACGACUCCAAAAAGGACAAAGAGAAGGACGUCGAGAAGCCAAGAAGUCUUGCCGCUGUCAAGAUAAUGAAAGAUAUGGAGCGCUGGGCAAAGAUCCAGAAUCGUCAAAAGGAUAGUGUUCGUUCCGCAUCACCGGUGCUAAAGUUCGGAAUUGACGAUGACAGGAGGCAGUCCAAGACGGCUGACGCUGGUUUCGCCAUCUUCGAGAGGAAGAUAUCCGGUGCAGAUGAUCUGUUUAAGAAGCCCCUCGCUCCUCUUAAGAAAGAUGAAAAGUCAAAGCGUCCAAUGGGCUCCCUGGGUCUGCUGGCAUCAGACUAUGCAGCUGGAAGUGAUGAAGAGGUGGAAGAAGAUAAGGAGGAUGCAGCUAGAAGCAGUCAUGGUGGACAGUCUGAAGACUCGGACACCAAGCUGACGGACUGGAAGAAGAUGGCCUGCCUGCUAUGUAGGAGACAGUUCCCCAACAAGGACGCUCUGAUCCGCCACCAGCAGCUUUCCGACCUGCACAAACAAAAUAUGGAGAUCCACCUUAAGAUUAAGAGGUCAAAGAAGGAGCUAGAGGCACUGGAGAACCAGGAAAAAGAAUUGAGUUCCAGAGAACCUUCCAGGUCACCAGAACAGAAAAGAAGAAAACAACAACAACACCACCAACAGCCGCAGCAUCAUAAUAGCUGGGCUGGAAGCUCCAGGGAGAUGAAUAAAGUCAGUGAUAGACCUGGUUUAGGAUCUGAACCUGUCCCGCAGAAGAAAAAGAAAGAGCCUGUCGUUUGGGACCACACCACCUACAAACAAGCAGUACGCAAGGCCAUGUUCGCACGGUUCAAGGAACUCGAGUGAUCUCAUCUGAACACAUCCUCACUUUGAUAAUAUGUGAAUUGUUAAUAUGACAUGCUUGCCCACCUUAGCAUGAGAAAUCCGUUUGACUGUCUUUACUGUUCCUCUGCCUUGGACAUGAUUACACUAUAGAACCAGUUUUCUACAGUGAAAUGAAGGGAGGAAAAUAUGUGGUGUAUAAAUCACUUUACAGGUCUACAAGGUGUUUAUACACAGCAUUGAUUUAAGUAUUUUUGCCCAUGUUUUAUGUGUGGCCUGUAAGUAGAAUUGUGAAAUGUGUCCAGGUAGUCUUUUUUUUUCUGUUAUGAUACUGUCACACUGGCCACAAUUACAUUUUUUUUCCUCUUUUUCUUUUUUUUUUAUAACAACAAUUUUUACAUUUUCAUUUUCAUGAGUUGAUAUUGCUAUGUUGUAUGUACACAUUUUUAAGUAAAAAAUAUUAUG